AUGGCGUGGGCGUCGCGAUGUGCACAGUGGGUCCAUCGCUGCCAGCCCGUCAGGAGACUGCCGGGUACGUUGACGGAGGGCAGAUGUCGUAAGGAAGCUUUCCGAAUCACGCCCAAAGAGGCAUGGCCCUCCACCAUGGCUGCUCGGAGGGCUUUCAGCGCAACACCCGCCGGGCCCGCCGGGCCCGAAAUGCCAGAAGACACAAGACCAAGCUCCGGGCAACCAGGGCCUCCUCCUGUACACCCGUUCUUCAUGGAAGUUCUCAGAGGCAUGGGUCAGGUGGUCUUCUGCAACAGCGCGCUCUCCGGCGGCUUCCUCGUCGGUGCUUUGCUGAUCGGUGAUGCGCAGUUGGGCGUCCUGGCACUCGCGGGAGUCACCUCUGCCACCCUCACAGCGCGUGCCGCCUCACUGGACCCGCAGGCUAUUUCUGAUGGCCUGAUGGGAUACAAUGGCGCACUGGUCGGGUGCGCGCUGUCUGUCUUCCAGCCCGGUGUUCCUCUGUGGACUGCGCUGGCCGCAAGCAUCGGGUGCACGCCUCAGCUCGCCACCUCCCUGGCGAUGGCGGCGCUCACCGCCACAGGGGCUGCAGCAACGGUGCCGCUCGCAGCGAAGCUUGGCCCUCUGCUCCCGGUACCCCAGUACACCAUUGCCUUCAAUGCAGUCGUCUUGGCGAUCCUUGCCGGCUUUACCUUGGCGCUGCCUCCGCCGCAGAAGAAGCAGAAACCCUCCGAUUCGGAGCAGAGCCAGCAGGGUGGAUCUGUUCUGGGAUUCCUGUGGCGUUCAGGAGCCAUUCCGGAUAUGAUCGAGGCCUCUCUCCACGGAGUGUCGCAGAUCUUUGUCGUCAAUCAUGCCGGCACAGGACUGAUGCUGCUUGCAGGGAUUUUCUGUUAUAGCCCGGCAGCUGCUGCAGUGACUUUCGCCGGAUCUUUCGUGGGCAGCCUCACGGCAGUGCUUUUGCGGCAGGAUGUCGAUGAGGUGAUGGACGGGCUCUGGGGCUACAACUCGGCUUUGGCCGCCCUGGCGGUGUCGAUUUUUUUCGUGCCGCUAGGUGUCUCCUUUGGCAUGCUUGCCUGCGGAGGUGCAAUGGCAUCCACCCUGGCCACGAUUGGCUUCAAGGAAGUACUCGGAAGUGCUAAGCUGCCUCCAAUGACAGUGCCGUUUUGCACCGUUGCGUCAGGCUGCUUUCUGCUUGGGGGCCGUGUUCCAGGCCUUGUUCAUGCAGCACGUCCCCAUUCGCCAGAGAUGAACCUGCACGCAUACCAUCGUUUCUGA